AUGGAAUUUAAUUCGAAACAUCGAAAAUUAUCAAAAAAUAAAAAUUCUGUUCGUAUUCCUUCAUCAUCAAAACCCAGAUUGACCAAAAAGAAGAUUGUUACGCGGAAACGAAAAUGCGUGUGCCUUCCUGAAAAUUAUUCAGUAGUAGAGUUUCCUUCGAUAUGGAAUGAACUUCGACAUAACUUGCAACUUUGCGAUGGGACGAUCGUCUGUAGAGACAUGAAGCCUAUCCGAGUGCAUCGAGCAAUACUGUCAGCCGUUAGUCCAUAUUUCAAAGCUAUAUUUAUCAACUCUUUGAAGAAAGGAGAGCCAGAAGAAACUGAAAUUUUCGUAGAUGUGCCCAGUUACUAUAUGAAUUCGAUUCUAGAUUACGCAUACACAGGGACAUGCAUAGUAACUGCUGAAAACGUAGAAUAUCUGUUACCGUAUGCAGAUCAAUUUGAUGUUGUUGGUGUUAUUCAAUUAUGCUGUCAGUUCCUUUUGCACGAAUUGAGGCCGCAUAACUGUCUUGGAAUAUUUAAGUUUGCGCGCUAUUAUUUCUGUAAUGAAUUGGAAAAAAAAGGAAAGUUGUACAUAAGACAGAAUUUUAGCAGAAUACUUAAAGAAUGUAAUGAAUUUAAAUCACUUUCUUAUGAUGAGUUAGAAGAUAUUCUGAGGGAUGAUGAACUAAAUGUACGUAAUGAGGAAAUAGUAUUCCAAGCAGUUAAGACAUGGGUGGAACAUGAUAUAGAAAAUAGAAGAAAAUAUAUUCCAUCAUUACUUUUAUGUGUAAGGUUUGGACAUAUUAGUUAUAAAUAUUUUAAAUCAAAAAUAUUACAGUGGCAGCCUGUUGCUGAAGACGAGAAAUGCCAAGAAGCUUUAUAUCCGGCCGUGGUAUUCCUCACAUUAUUGGAUUCAAGGCCCGGUACAGAAGCAGAUCUCAAUGAUCCGUUAGCAAGGCCACGAAUACCUUUUGAGAUACUUUUUGCAGUUGGUGGCUGGAGUGCCGGCAGCCCUACUAGUUUCGUUGAAACGUAUGACACAAGGGCUGAUCGAUGGUUCCUAUCUAUUCACAUGGACCUAACGCCUCGUGCGUACCACGGUCUUUGUACGUUGAAUAACUUGAUCUACAUGAUUGGGGGUUUUGAUGGCAGCGAUCAUUUCAACACAGUGCGUUGUUAUGAUCCAGUGGCGAAUACUUGGCACGAAAGAGCCUGUAUGUAUCAAGCUAGAUGUUAUGUUAGCGUGGUGGCUCAUGAUGGUCUAAUUUACGCAUUGGGAGGGUACAAUGGUCGCACACGCAUGUCGUCAGUAGAACGAUACUACCCUGACAAAAACCAAUGGGAAAUGACCACGCCUAUGAAUAAGCAGCGGUCCGAUGCCAGCGCUGCAUCUCUUGGCGGAAAGAUAUACAUAGUGGGAGGCUUUAAUGGUCAGGAGGUACUUAGUUCUGCUGAAGUAUUUGAUCCUGACACAAGGCAGUGGAGCUUUAUUAGAUCAAUGCUGAGCCCGCGUUCCGGAGUGUCGCUUAUCGCUUACAGGGAGUGCCUUUAUGCACUCGGAGGAUUCAAUGGAUACAGCCGACUAAAUACUGGUGAAAGGUUUAAUCCACAACGUGGUGGAGAUUGGCAGGAGGUCACGGAGAUGUUUAGCGCAAGAAGCAAUUUUGCAACAGUGCUGCUGGAUGAUAUGAUUUUCGUCAUUGGAGGAUUUAACGGUUCAACUACAAUUCCCCACGUGGAGUGCUACGAUGGCGACACAUUAGAGUGGUAUGACGCCGCCCCGAUGAACCUCAACCGAUCUGCCCUCAGCGCGUGUGUUCUUGCGGGCCUACCCAACGCUCGCUCCUUUUCAUAUCUAGCCAAGGCUGUUCCAGCGGCUGGCGCUGAUCAAGCACACCAUUCUUGA